UAAUAUUUCUAUAAACGUUAUAUUAAUUUAUUUGCACUUGAUGAUUGUCAAAUGACUUUUAUUAUUACUGCAGGCUUGCAAACGAAAAUGAAAAUGCAAUAUUAUUGAAGAAUAAAGUAGAGAGUGGGAGGCAUAAGAAUGGGCUGUGUUUACUUGUGCAGUUUAGUGUUUCGCAGACCCUUAGGUGAGAAGAUUAAGUCAUUCGUGUUCAAACGUCGCGUCAUGAACGUCCUAAUCCCACUAGCUUUGUCGGUAUUCUUGCUCAAUCAAAAUUAUGCUUGGUUUAUAAAUCACAAAAAUUCUGAAGGUAUCGAAAAAAGUAAUCUUAAAUCAAUAUGGGAUCUACUAUAUCUUGAUAAAGAAAUAUUGGAACGUAAUAUCCCUAAAGAUAUAUUAAAUAAAAAGAAGGUUAAAAGUUCCGACAUUUUUUCAUCUCUGAUGAAACGAACACAAACUUCUCUAACUCCAUAUGAAAGUAUUGAUGUAAUGAGUGAUUUGAAGCAGUUUUUUGAUAAUAUAAGUGCUAAUGUUAAGCAAAUGAAAGAAAACCAACAAUCCAAAUACAAUAUUCAAAGAAAAUAUGAUACUUCUUACCCUGGAAACUAUUUUCGAGGACGUAAACCAUCGGAUAAUGUGAGGAAUUUUGUAAGAAACGACGAUGGGGAAUCAUACCGUGGCACGAAUAAUCACGACCCGGGCAUUUUAUGGACAGGACUUGGAAAGAAAAAACGUCGCUAGUAAUUAUACAUGCCCAACUCAAUCAACAGUAUCUAUCAGUUUUCAUCAAUCUUUACUUGCGCCUAUCAUCGAUCCAACCAUAGACUGAGAUCUAUAUAAUUAGCUUGCUACACAUUAGUCAUGUUUGUUUUUAUUCCACGAUUCACUACCUAUUUAAAAUAAAGAUGUCUUCACAAUAUAUGAACAAUUCUCAUUUAUUUAUGGUGAACAUUGUAAAAAUGCAUUGAUUAUUAUCAGCUUUACAGUUCAAAAUACAUAAUACACCUUAUUUCCAAGAUGUAAAUUGAAAACACGAGUGUUAUAAAUUAAUUUCAGAUCUAUAAGAGUUACUAACAAACUGUGCUUAUGAUAUAUAAUAUAUUAUGUCUAUAUUACGUCUUUGCUAGAUCGUGUUUCUUUUAACUGUUUACCGUUCCUCAAUAAAGUUAUAUAUCAUCUAUUAUAA